AUAAAAUCUUAUUCGUAGUAGUAGCUGUCGGAGAAAGAUUUAAGACACUUUCUUCUCUUCUAACUCCAAAUCUCCAAUAAUGAAUUGAAGACAAAGAAAGGAGAGGAAAUUAUUGUCCUCUUUCCCUCUUCAUUUUCCUGUGCACUACUCUGCUCCCAAUUCACAUCUUCACUGACACACCACAUUUUCAAUUUCAUUUUCAAUUUCCUCCCCAAAUCUCUCUCUCCAAUCAAACGAUACCAGUGUCGGUGAUCUACUUUUACAUUUUCACCACUCUUCAAUUUUCCAUUUCACAAACCACAAAACAAUGUCAUCAUCAACAUCAUCAUCAUCCUCAAUCAUCAAGCAACAAUAUUACACCACAAGCGGUUUAGUAAUCGGUUACGCACUCUGUUCAAGCUUAUUGGCAAUCAUCAACAAAUACGCAAUCACUCAAUUCAACUAUCCAGGUCUCUUAACUGCAUUACAGUAUCUCACUUCUGCACUCGGUGUUUACCUUUUAGGUAAAUUAGGGUUUCUUCAUCACGAUCCUUUCACUAUUCCAAUUGCCAAAAAAUUCUUACCUGCAGCAUUCGUUUUCUUCCUCGCUAUCUUCACCAAUACCAAUCUCCUUCGUCAUGCGAAUGUUGAUACUUUCAUUGUUUUCAGAUCUUUAACUCCUCUUCUUGUUGCUCUCGCUGAUACCGCUUUUCGUGGUCAACCUUCUCCGUCUAAUUUUACUUUUUUGUCCUUGGUUGUUAUUCUUGCUGGUGCUGUUGGUUAUGUUGCAACUGAUUCUGGUUUUACUUUAACCGCUUAUUCUUGGGCUUUUGCUUAUUUGGUUACGAUUACUACUGAGAUGGUUUAUAUUAAGCAUAUGGUUAUGAAUCUUGGAUUGAAUACUUGGGGUUUUGUUCUUUAUAAUAAUGUCUUGUCCUUGAUGAUUGCACCUGUUUUUUGGUUUCUUACUGGCGAAAAUUUUGAGGUUUUUACUGCGAUUAGAUCCAGUACUGGGAGUUUGUUCGAGCUCAAUGCGUUUCUGGCGGUUUCUUUAUCCUGUGUGUUUGGUUUGUUGAUUAGUUUCUUUGGAUUUGCUUGUAGAAAAGCUGUUUCUGCUACGGCUUUUACUGUUACUGGUGUUGUGAAUAAGUUUCUCACGGUGGCUAUUAAUGUGACUAUUUGGGAUAAGCAUGCUAGUCCUGCUGGUUUGGUUUGUUUGCUUUUUACGAUUAUUGGGGGUGUUCUUUAUCAGCAAUCCGUGACUGGGAAUGUUUUGCAACAGCGCGAUGCAGUGGUGGUGACUAAGCAGGCUGAUGUUGAAAGUAGUCUUGUUGGUGAUACGGACGAUGAUGAGAGUGACGGAAAGGAUUGUCCUGAUGUAGCACAGAUAGCUGCAGCUGUACAUGAGAGAAAAAUUUGGAGAAGAUCCAAAUCCCUGUUAAUUUAUUGCUCAUGUUGAUGUGUUUUCCAAUGUCCAAUGGAAAUUCUUUUGUUGCAAUCUGCUGUCAAGAAAGCUCUCAAUAUAGUCUUGAUUUUUGGUAGAACCAUAGAGCAUAAUAAUGUCUUAAUUGACCGUUCAUCUGCUGUUGUUACCUUGUAGAUUUAAAAAACAUGAUAUAUACUUAUGUAACAUGUGUUGUUCUUUCAAUUUUUAUUAAAAAAAUAUCAAAAAUAUAUA